AUGAGCCAGGUUCAAAGGUUAGAAGCAUUGCUUCGACAAAAAGAGCACGAGAAGCAAGAGAUUAUGAGCCAGCUCAGCAAAGCCCGGACGUCCCGGUCCUCGGCCACAGCUGCCGCCCUCGACUUUGAGUCUGUCCCCGGCAACUACCAGAUCGCUCCGUCACGACCAGUUCUCGCCGACAAUGGACGAUCAAGAAGCAACACGAUACCCCGCAGUGUGACGGUUGCCCCCGGCAUUGCUGUUGCUGACAGUGUUUCCCUUCAGCUGGAUCACAUCCAGUCACAGGACCAGAGCCGUCCCAUGAAGCGCUCCAAGACCACACACAAUGCCGGUCCAUCCUCUGGCACGGGCAUGGCGAGGUCCAGCUCAAAUAUGUCCAUACAACCAGGUGUCCCCAGCGGCAGUCUGUCGGGUCCCAGUUCGGCCAUGCUUGAGCAGUAUCUUGGUCAGGGUCAGAUGCAGCAGCCCGUCAACGCCUUCUUCCAGUCACAUUCCCAGCUCCAACCAAUACCAACGGGCAGAGAGAUGGAUGUUGCCGAUUUUCUCUCGAUGCGGGAUACAGGAGGAGACCUUUCCAGCGUCUCGCCCAUCGCCAUCCCUUCCUCCAGAAUGUUGUCACCCCAAGAGGCAUCACAUUAUCCCGACUCGGGCAUCCCAUCGGCUUGUGGUUCUUUGACCUCGGGCCCAUCUGUCGGAACCACGGCCAUGUCUAGAUGCAACAGCAACUUCAACGACAACAACGCAGCCAUCCUGUCCCAACUUGAGAUGGUCCGCAUUCGGUCACAGCAUUCCACCAAUGGACAAGCUCGACAAGACAGCUUUGGCCCGAGUCAGCCGCCGUAUCAUCAACCUUCGUUGCUUGGAAAGAGGUCGGCCACAGACCUUCACAUGGGAACCGGCCCCAGCGCCCACUUUGUCGGUGCCUAUCCUUCUUCUGCGCCCACCGACUCGAUGCUUCACCAACAUCAGAUGAAGAAGUCGCCCUCCUCCCAGUCGAGCUCUCACUCCAUCUCGUCAGCGGCCAUCCAGGAACUCAAUGCGGGGUACAUGAACGAUGACCUCGGCAUGGAGCGUUCGGUCUCCAGAGACAGCACCAAGUCAAAUAAUUCCCUCAAGGUCCGCGCCAAAGAAUCUCUUGCUCGCCAGAACGUCAACGCCAAGUCUCGUCAACUUCAGCCAAAGCCAGAUGUCGUCAAGAAGGAACAACCCACAUCGGCCACCAACAAGAAGGACCCCAAGGCCGUCAUCAUCAAGACCAAGUAUGAGCGCCCCAAGCACCCCAAGGUCCGCUGCCACCAGUGCAACGAGAAUCCCGAAGGGUUCCGGGGUGAGCACGAGCUGCGCCGUCACACCGAAGCCAAACACAAGAGCAUGGUCAAGAAGUGGAUUUGCCAGGACCCUGGCCUGCUCGGCAUCCCGCACGCAGAGACGGCCGCCAAGCCUCUGUCGGAUUGCAAGCAAUGUUCGGCCUUUAAGCAGUACGGCGCUUAUUACAAUGCUGCUGCUCACUUGAGACGCACUCACUUCAAGGUCAAGGCACGGAAGGGUGCUGGUUCCAAGAAUGGUGCCAAGGGCGCCAGCUCGGCCGCCAAGGUGGAGGAAGAGAAGCGCGGCGGCAAGGGCGGCGGCGACUGGCCCCCCAUGUCGGAGCUCAAGCUGUGGAUGAUGGAGGUGACAGUGCCGAUGGACCAGGAGGGUGCCCUCGGUCCUGACGGGAGCGACUCCGUGGGCCAGGUCGAACAAGAGGACAUUGACAAUGAACUCGGCGCGCAGGCGUACGGUGUGCCACCCAACCUUCUCGGCAUGGACGCCUACAGCAACAUGGCCGUCUACGCCGGACUUGGUGGGGGGUUCGGUCAAGAUCUUUCGUCACAGGGUCUCCAAGGCGAGCUUGGAUCGCAGCUCUCCGAUCUGUAUCCGCUCGACACCUCGGUCUUUGCCGCCUCUUUUCAUGGCCUGCCAAUCUCUUCGGCCGGUUUUGGGGACUGUGGUCCAUCGCAGGGACAUCAGCUCCAGCAGGGCAUGCCGUCCUCUUCGAUGAUGAGCAUCGACACCUCCAACUACACUUCUCCAGUCUCGUCAACGGCCACUCUCACCCAGGCCGGCAUGUUUGUCAACGACAUGCUCCCGCCCGCCAUGAUGCACACCCGUGAUGACUUGCACGACAUGCCAUUUGACCUUGCCUUUCCGGUUGGGGGGCACUAG